AGGAGAUGCACAUCAAAGCCCCGCGGGCGUGAUGGGGCACAUCCCAGGCUCCCAGGAGAGAAGCCCCCCGCUCUGCCGUGCUUCUUCGCCCCCGGGCCUCUUCUCCGUCAGCCCCCUCCUCUGCCUCUCGCCUUGAGUCACCCACUCCAGUUCUGACAAGGCGAGGGAGACGGUGCCUUUAAACUCCGGAGCGGCAUCGGAGGAGACCGCCAGAUGCACCCUCGACGGAUGGCCGCGGAGCUAGGAAGCAAUCGCUCACCUUCGGCUUAACAGUUUCUCCCCCAGAAUUCCUACACGGGUCCAGUGUUGAUGGAGGCGGACAGUGACCCCAGGUGCCAAAGGCUGUUAGCCAGAGAACCCUGAGAUGGAUGCUCCCCACUGGCCUCUUGCCUGUUCUGCAGCCAAAGCAUGCAGGGAACCCUUGAACUCCUACUCCUGCUUAUCUUGCUCCAAAAGAAAGCAGAGACUAGCUCCACUGGAGACUCAGCCAAAGAUAUGUUGGAAGCGUGGCAGCAAUAUCAGCAAGUCUGCAAUCUCAAGAUGUUAGAGGAUCCUCAUCCCACAAGUCUGGUAUGCAACCGUACCUUUGACAUGUAUGCCUGCUGGGAUGAUGCCCUUCCCAAUACCUCAGCCAAAGUUCCCUGUCCCUGGUACCUGCCUUGGCACCAGCAAGUGCAAGGUGGCUUUGUCUUCCAGAAAUGUGGUCCAGAUGGACAGUGGGUGGUGGAUGAGUCAGGGCAUCCUUGGCGAGAUCACUCUCAAUGCGAGGGCCUCAACGAAGAGGUCCCCUUCCAGAAACAUUUGUGGAUUCUGGACCAGUUCCGACUCAUGUACACAGUGGGCUACUCCCUUUCACUGGCAGCUCUGCUUGUGGCCCUGGUGCUGUUGGCAGCUUUCAGGAAACUUCGAUGCAUCCGCAAUUACAUCCACAUGAAUCUCUUCCUGUCCUUCAUGCUGCGAGCAAUCUCCAUCCUUGCCCGGGACACCCUCCUGCAGCUCCACUUCCCCAAGGACCUCCAGAAGGAAGGUGAUCUCUCUCGCCUUCCUUUGGGACAGGCUGUGGCUGGCUGCCGUCUGGCGCAGAUCAUAACCCAGUACUGUGUCUGUGCAAACUACUACUGGCUCCUCGUAGAAGGUCUCUAUCUCCACAACCUGCUGGGGCCGAUGGCCUUUUCUGAAGAAAGCUAUUUCCCGGGCUACCUGCUCAUUGGAUGGGGGGCACCAAUCCUUUUCGUCAUUCCUUGGGUGAUUGUGAGAUACCUCUAUGAAAACAACGAAUGCUGGGAGAGAAAUGACAACAUGGGCUACUGGUGGAUCAUCCGUUCCCCUAUCCUGCUAGCCAUCUUCGUCAACUUUGUGAUCUUCAUACGCAUCAUUAAGAUCCUGGUCUCCAAACUCCGGGCUCAACAGAUGCAAUACACGGAUUACAAAUUUCGGUUGGCCAAGUCAACUCUGACCCUCAUCCCCCUUUUGGGCAUUCAUGAGGUGGUGUUUGCACUGGUCACUGAGGAACACGCCCAAGGCACCUUGCGCUACGUCAAAUUCUUCUUUGAGUUGUUGCUCAACUCCUUCCAGGGCCUGUUGGUGAGCAUCCUCUACUGUUUUGUUAAUAAGGAGGUCCAAUUCCAGAUCCAAAGGAAGUGGCAGCGGUGGCAACUGGGUGCCAGCCUGCUCAAGGAACAGGGGCAGAGCUUCAGCAACCGGGCAUCCUGGCGCAGCCGAAGCAGCCACCGCAAAAAGGAGGCCUGCCCCCCACCCCACAGACACCCAGGAGGAAAAGGCCUCCCCAGGGGCCUUGGGAAUACAGCCAGCGCUCAUUCCCAGCAGAAGUGUAUGAGCAUCAAAUCUUUCCAGUACGUCCCCGUCAGGACGAAGGCUGAGGACAAGGUCGGGGGGUCCCCUGUCACCAAGCAGGCCCUUCCAGGCACCGGUUGCCCCGAAAAUGGCUGCUGACCCCCAAGAAGAUAUGAAAGACUGUUGCCAGUGUUCCAAAACACAAUGAAGGAGUUUUCCAAGGGUGCCGUGGGGGGCCACAGCACAGCUGUGGAUUCCUGGAAGAUGCACAAACUCUUGUGUACAUGAACAGGUGCAUGAACUGCACACUGCAUAAGGCCCCUUUCAGUGACUGUCUAUAAGCGUGAGCUGGUGUAAAAAGGCAGUGGGACACCCAAAACUGGCUGUGUCCAGGCUUAUAAAGGACUCUUGCCUAGUUGCCUGUGAUAUGUGUAAGAAUCCAUCUGGCUGACCCAGUAUACAUACUUUAUAAACUGGA